ACAAACGACCCACAACAAUAGACAACAGACCCAUUUGGGGUUCUUGGCAUGUACAACUUACCCACGUAUUUGACUUGUAAAAGUAGAAGUUUUCCAUGAUGACUCCGCCCAACUAAGUUUAACAUAAAACCAGUAUCCUUCAAACUCACUGACUUUGACUGAUCUAAACCAGCCUGGCUUUUGGUUUCUAUCCCCCACCUAUAAGUCAAUGCCGUGAAUUACGACUCCAAGCAGUUUGUAAGCUUUAUAUUCGAUCGAUCGCUAUUCCCCACUAUCUCGAACAUAGUUCUGGUGAAGGUGGAGGCAGAAAUUAAGCGUUUAUCAGAGGAAGAAGUUGGCAGUGGAGUACUCCACUGGCUUUGCAAUUACCAACUUGGCAGCAAGGUUUCCAGGAGUAUUACUCUUUUGUGUGGAAAACAAGAGGCCAUGACCAUCACUUGCAUGAAUCCGAUUCUCUAUAAUGCUGCAGCACAAGGCAACAUCAUGGCUUUCAAAAAUCAUAAAUUCAAACGGCCACUAGAAGCCUUAUUAACACCAAACAAAAACACAAUCCUCCAUAUUUUCAUCACAACCCUUGAAAAUAUGAUAGAAUUAACAGAGAAAAACUUCGUGGGAGACAUACUCAACAUGUGUCCUUCACUAUUAUGUCAAGUCAAUGUCAAAGAUGAAACUCCAUUACAUGUCGCAGCAAGGUAUGGGCAUGCUAAUAUCAUCAAAGUUCUGAUCCAACAUGCGAGAUAUGGACAUAAUCAAGAUCUUGGAAGCGGGGCUGAAGCAGUCAGGGAGAUGCUUAGGAUGGUGAACAAAGAGAAGGACACAGCCUUACAUGAGGCUGUACGUUAUAAACACCUUGAAGUGGUAAAACUUUUAAUCAAGGAAGACCCAGAUUUUUCAUAUUCUGUUAAUGAUGCCGGGGAGACUCCACUCUACAUUGCCCUCGAGAGAAACUAUGAAAAUCUGGUGUUGGAAAUUUUGAAAACCUGCAAUUCACCCGCUUAUGAUGGCCCCCUAGGUAGAACGGCUUUGCAUGCUGCAGUAUUUUGGGAUAACAAAGUAACGAUCAAAGCAAUUAUGGAAAAAAUUGGAGGAGCUAUAACUAAAAAAGCAGACCAAGAAGGUUGGACUCCAUUGCACUUGGCUGCAUACUCAAAUUGGUGGUGGUCUACACAGCUGUUGCUGGAAUAUGAUUCACAAGUAGCAUACAUGAAAGACAAAGAGGGGAGGACAGCUCUUCACAUUGCAGCUCAUCGUGGCAAUAAUCGGGUCAUGGAAAGUAUUAUAGGCAUGUGUCCAGAUUGUUGUGAACUGGUUGACAACAGAGGCUGGAAUGCGUUGCACUUUGCGGUGGAGGGCGAUGUUCGUACAGUAAGUAUGAUCCUUAAAAAUUCAUCUCUCAGCAAUCUUUUGAACGAGAAGAAUGCCGAAGGGAACACUCCUCUCCAUCACCAAUAUUCCCGCUAUUCCGAGGACGUGAAUGGGGAUCUCAUGGAUCACCCCAGAGUAGAUAAGAUGGCAUUCAACAAAAAUAACCUCAAUGCUUAUCAAGUCGCUUUAACUAGUGCAAAGUUAUCACCAAAAAAGAAGAUGGAUAUUGCUACUAAACUCCGGUCUCGUUCGAAAAGGGUAUUCCUCAAGGAGGACGAAAACAAUAUCACCCUGGAUGACGUUAUGAAGGAUGAAGUGAAGUGGUGGCAGGCAAGGAGGAAAGAAUAUUUGGAGAAAGCAGCCGAAACACACUUGGUAGUGGCUGCCCUCAUCACAACUGUGACCUUUGCAGCAGCUAUAACCAUGCCUGGUGGUUUUGUUGGUACUGGAGGUGACCCACAUGAUAAUGAAGGCUCUGCAGUUUUGAGGAGAAAUGCUGCUUUUAAAGCAUUCAUUAUCACUGAUGCCAUAUCCUUGGUGCUAUCUAGUUCUGCUGUUGUCACUCAUCUACUCAUGCCACUUUUGUUGAUCAAACAUUAUGAAUCUGAUGAAACUCGCUACGAUUUUCUCAGCCUAGCCUUCAAGUUUAUUUUGAUGGCCAUGGUAGCAAUGGUGCUGGCAUUUGUCACAGGUGCAUAUGCUGUGUUAGUGCAUUCCUUAGAUCUUAUUGUCACCACUUGUGUUAUUGGCUCAUGCUUCUUCCUCAUUCUCUAUAUUAUAUAUGAAUUGUAUAAGAAGAAUUUAGGUUUCUCCAGGAUAUGUUCAAGUUUAUAUUACUUUUUAUGUUAUUGA